AAUUAAAACGCACUCGCACUAAGUUUAACAACAGUGCCGAAAAAGGCGCCGCCAUCAAAUAGACUUAAACAAUACAAACAAACAGCGGCAAACCCAAUGACUUACAUUCGUGAAGAGCGUCGGAGAAAGUGAAAUUUUGCAUUUAACGCAGGUAAAAAAAAAAUAUAACUGAAUAAAAAAACCGCGCCAUGGUCAUGACAGAGCCAGCCCCAACCACAGCGCCAAUUGAAGCUCAGUCUCAGUCUCAGUUUGAGUUUGAGUGGCACAAGAAGCGGACGCGACUCUUAGAAACCGAAAGUGUUUUUCAUUUUCUUUUUUAUUGCAUAUUGUAUUUCUUGUGAUUAUUAUUCAUAGGGAGUGUGAGUGGAAUCUGUAAGCAAACAUUACAUGUCGGUAAAGAAACUAAUGAUGUGUCGUCAUGUCUGCAUAUGGCUCAUAUGUCUGGGCCUUUGCCCCGGGUUAUGCAAGCCGGACGGCAGUGAAACUAUGCAAAAAUACGCAAAUGAAUCGUUGACGGACGCCUCCAAUUGGUCACAAUUUCUCGAAGAUUAUGUGCUAAGCCAGAGCAGCAGCCAGCGCAUGUCUAAGGAUCUGGCCUAUAUGGGCGGCGAGAUGAGCGGACCCAUUAAUUAUCAUUCCUCGGCAUAUAGGCGACCGGGCAACAAUAUUUAUAUUACUCGCCGCAUUGGUGAGGCUGUGGAGCUAGAGCCGCAUCUUCGCGCGCCGGUAGAAAGUCAAGGCCCGAUGGUCAAUCCACAGUUUCGGCCCAUGACAAACCAAAUGUUGCACCAGCAGCAGCAGCAGCAACAACUACAGCAGCAGCAGCAACAACAGCGCCAGCAACCCGGUUUCUUGCAACAGCUCUUUGGUUUCGGUAGCUCUGAGCCAACUCCGCCUCAGGCGCACCUGCGUCCCGUGCCGCUGCAGCAGCCGCCGCCGCCCCAUUCGCAGCAGCAGCAGCAUUUGGCGGCACAUGGCAGUCCGCCCAACACUUUCCGAGCCGUCUCUGAAAACGAUUUGUAUUUGCUGGGCGCCAUUGAGAAGUUGGUCUAUCGCGUUGAUUAUUUGGAAAGUCGCGUAAGGCGAACAGAACAAUUGAUCUAUUAUCUAAUGGCUGGCAAUAAUCAAAAGGAAGUCCGGGAUCCCUGUCCAACAAAUUUCACACGGAUCAGCGAUAAUUGCUAUUAUAUAAAUAGUCAUCAGCAGGUGAACUGGAAGACGGCAAACACUGCUUGCAAGGGACUAUCGGCGCACCUGGCCGAAUUCGAGAAGCUGUCCGAGAACGAGGAGAUCAUGGCCUAUUUACUUAAUCAGCCAACGCAUCGAGGCCGUGACUAUUGGCUUGGUGGUCUCAAUCCGGGUCUUUUGUGGAUUUGGUCCAAUUCCGCCAAGCCCGUCAAUCCGAAUACCAACCUCACAUCGAUUGCAAUGUCGCAGAAGGCGGAAAAUUCAACAGCCUCUAAUCUGGUUGACAGCAGCAGCGAGGAAACCAAAGGUGACAGCGAUAUACUCAACAAUACAGUCCAAAUAGAAGGCAAGGGACGCUGCUUGCGCCUCAGCUACAACGCGGGCAAGCACACCUAUGCAUACUAUGGACAAGAGUGCACAUCAAGGCAUUACUACAUCUGCGAAUACGAAGACAAGACCCUGGACAAUAAAAUACAGAAGAUAGCGCGCGAUCUAAAGCUCUUUGACUAAACCCGAAUCGAAUAAAUAAUUCGAAAUCACAAUACUGUCUAAGAUUAAUGUUCAGUAACCACUCUUUGAGUUGUUAUGAAUUUCAAUGAUGUAUUACUAUUUAAAGCCUUAAUCCGAAAAGAGACUUUUAACAGGGCUGCGUAGCUAUAGUUUAACAUAAGCCAUUGACAGUUGUAAAUUUGGAAAGAAUUUCUUAAUUUAACAAAACGUCU